GUCCCCAAACAAACAAACCCUAGACCGCAAAAAUGAAGUACAACCCACGAGUCACAAGCUCGCGCCGCAAAUGCAGAAAAGCCCACUUCACCGCACCAUCGAGCGUGCGCCGGGUGUUAAUGAGCGCACCCCUCUCCACCGAACUCCGAUCCAAAUACAACGUCCGGUCAGUCCCCGUGAGAAAAGAUGACGAGGUCCAGGUGGUCCGUGGGACCUACAAGGGGCGUGAAGGGAAGGUGGUUCAGGUGUACCGCCGCAAAUGGGUUAUCCACGUGGAGCGGAUUACUCGUGAGAAGGUGAACGGUCAGACGGUUAAUGUUGGGAUUAAUCCUUCGAAGGUUGUUGUUAUGAAGCUGAAGCUUGAUAAGGACCGGAAGUCGUUGCUUGAACGGAAGGCAAAGGGGCGUGCUGGUGAUAAGAGUAAGGGGAAGUUUACGGCUGAUGAUGUUGCUGCUGGUGCUUCUCUUCAGGAGAUCGAUUAGGGUUUGUUGUUUCCAUCAAUUUUGUUGCUUUUUUGUUAUAAGGAUUGUUUUGAAUUAAUCAGUUUGAUGGGCCUUGACAUUAUUGGUUGUUUUAAUCUAUGGGGUUGUUUUAGUUUAUAUGAAUUUUGUUUUGGA